CAUAAUUCCUCUCGACUGCCCAGGUCUGGUUUUGAAGCUACCAUGGGGCCAAACAGUCCACAACGCUGUCUAUAAAUUAUCUCGUCACCCCUGUCGUGAAUCGAUUAUGGUGACUGCCCCUUUCUUGGGAAGGGCUGCUGCUCGUCCCAUUCCGGGGCUGUCGAGGAGAAUAACAUGCCAACAUGUAUCAAGCAAUAUACUACUAAAAGGACUGCGUCUAUCGCUGCAAAAGACCUUUGGUCGAGAAUUCAAUUCCACAUCUCGGCUUCUGGACAUGAUUGAUCUCGACAAGACCCGGAAUAUUGGAAUUAUUGCACACAUCGAUGCCGGCAAAACAACGACUACAGAGCGGAUGCUCUAUUACAGUGGGUUUACCAGACGCAUCGGCGAUGUAGAUGAUGGAUCAACAGUCACAGAUUUUCUUCCUGCUGAGAGAGCACGGGGGAUAACUAUUCAGUCUGCUGCCAUCACGUUUCAUUGGCCACCCAGAGGCACAACUAGUGAGGUUGAUAACCUUAGUGGGCAGGGGUUAGACGCCAAAGGUCUUCCAAGAUCAGCCGCCUCCCACACGGUCAAUUUGAUCGAUACACCUGGACACGCUGACUUUACGUUCGAGGUGCUUCGGUCCUUGCGAAUCCUAGACGGAGCUGUUUGUAUCCUUGAUGGAGUCGCUGGUGUUGAAGCACAGACAGAGAAAGUCUGGCAUCAAGCAAGCACAUACCGAAUUCCACGGAUUGUUUAUGUCAACAAACUGGACCGAGAUGGCGCCGCUUUUGGCAGAACGGUACGGGAAGUUGGUUCUAGACUGCAUGGCUGGCCCGCGGUCUGUCAAAUCCCGUGGUUUGAAGGAGGUGACGGGCGGUUUACAGGAAUUGCAGAUGCUGUGUCGCUCACAGGUCUUCUAUGGAAUGAGGCUGGAGAUGGAAAAUCGGUCAAAGCCUUUGAUUUGGCGGGUCUAGAAGCCGAGAACAGCAAACUGGCCAAUGAACUAAAGCGUGCUCGAGUUGCUUUGGUUGAAUUAUUAAGUGAGCAUGAUGAAAACAUGGUCGAAAAGUUUCUGGAUCAUGAAGAGGAUCAUCUUGCCGUACCUUCCAUCGACAUAUUGAGAAGUCUCCGCAAAUGCCUUCUCGACCCUGCCAACACAAUCAUACCAGUGUUUGCCGGGGCUAGCUUUCGCAAUAUGGGGGUGCAACCGUUGCUCGAUGCUGUUACGAAUCUAUUGCCGGGUCCAAUUGAAUCUCCCGACCCAGAGAUAAACGUUGGGAACACUACAGGAAGCCUCGGCCAACUUCUCAGUGGCAAUUUCGUCGUUGAAAAGAACACAGAAGCUGUGACUGGGAAGUCAAAACAAAAGAAGAAAGCCGCUACGCCUGCGGCUUCCGGUAACAAUAAUCCCGCCGCAAGUUUAGAGAGUUGUUCAUUAGCUUUCAAAGUUGUGAGCGAUGCGAAGCGUGGUGUGCUCGUUUAUGUCCGGGUCUAUUCCGGUUCUCUUAAUCGACAGAGUCUCCUUUACAAUACCAACCUAAAUGUUACAGAAAAAGCCCCCCGCCUCUUCAAAAUGUACGCCAACGAUGCUGUUGAGGUUGAAUCUAUCUCAGCAGGUCAUAUCGGCGUUGUCGCUGGCUUAAAGUAUGCCCGAACUGGCGACACAUUAAUAUCCUGUACAGGCGGCAAGAUGAAUCCUCCAGAGCCGCUCAAUACACUUCAACUGCGUCCCAUUGACGUACCCCCUCCCGUCUUUUUUGCAAGCAUUGAGCCUCACAGCCUCAGUGAGGAAAGGAGCAUGCAAGAUGCUUUAGCGCUUCUGUUACGAGAAGAUCCCAGCUUGCACGUUACCGUUGACGAGGAUUCUGGUCAGACCCUGCUAAGUGGUAUGGGUGAACUGCAUCUGGAGAUUGCUCGAGACAGACUGGUGAAAGAUUUCAAGGCAAAGGCAACCAUGGGUCGAAUCGAAAUCGGUUACCGAGAAUGUGCUCUGAGCCAUUCUGUCGCCGUAACUAAGACAUUUGAUAGGGAGAUCGCAGGACGAAAAGGAAAGGCUGGAUGCACAGCGGUCGUUCAGCCAUAUGAUCCAGCUGAAGAACAACUGGGUCUUCCCGAAAACACCAUAUUUGCUGAGAUCCGUGAUGGAAACCAAAUAGUCAUCUGCGCCCCCGGACUCGAUAUAGUAACGGAUAAACAUGACCGUGAGCAGAGCUCGAAGUUACCGUCACACCUAGACGUCAAUGCCUUUAGAGCAUCUCUCUUCAAUGGAGCACUAUCAGCACUCUCCCGUGGUCCACAGUUCACAUUCCCCGUGCAUAGUACGAGAGUCACGCUGACUUGCGAUGUUGGCGAACAUCUCUUUGGUUCUGAAAGCAGCGCCUCGGCCAUAUCAGCGGCCGCACGCCUCGCAACGCAGGCUGCGCUACGGGACUUGAUUACAACGUCACCAAACAACAGCACUGCUUUGAUGGAGCCUCUGAUGAAUGUCAUUAUAAGCGUCGACGAGGCUAGUCUCGGUGCUGUCGUCCACGACAUUUCCUCGGCCCGCGGAGGACACAUUAUCUCCCUAGACGAAGCUAUACCCAUCACAACUGCACUCGACGCUACAUCUGGAGUGGGUGACGAGGUAGUAAUUGAUGUAAGGAAAAUAUACGCCCCUCCCGACCCGUUUGAGUCGCCGCGUAUUGAGGACGGCUCGUCGAUGCAAGCAUCUGCAAAUCAACCGCGAACUAUCACAGCCAAGGUUCCAUUGAAAGAAAUGGUUGGGUAUUUGAAACAUCUCCGCAGUCUCACAGCUGGUAGAGGUACUUUCGUCAUGCAUGUUGAUAGGUUUGAAAAGAUGUCGGCACCAAGACAAAAGGCUGUGUUGGCAGAUUUGAAUAGCUUGUAGUUGAGAACUGUCAAUGUAUGCUUAAAAAGAUAUAUAUAUGUAUACUAGAAAACGGAAGUUUUAUAAUAGAUAUGGAACUGACUCGUCAUGAA